UUAGGGUUUUGUCACUCGCUAGGGUUUUUAAGCAACUUUCUCCCCCUUCCUCUCCUCUCCGCCUCCAUUCACCUCCUGCUCAAUCUCGCCAUCUCAAUCCCAAUGGCGAGAAUCAAGGUCCACGAGUUGCGCGGGAAAUCGAAGGCCGAUCUCCUCAACCAGCUCAAGGAUCUCAAGGCGGAGCUCGCCCUCCUCCGCGUCGCCAAGGUCACCGGCGGUGCCCCCAACAAGCUCUCCAAGAUCAAGGUGGUGAGGCUCGGGAUCGCGCAGGUGCUGACGGUGAUCUCGCAGAAGCAGAAGGCGGCGCUGAGGGAGGCUUACAAGAAGAAAAAGUUCCUGCCUUUGGAUCUCAGGCCCAAGAAAACUCGCGCCAUCAGGAGGAAGCUCACCAAGCAUCAGGAAUCAUUGAAGACUGAGCGAGAGAAGAAGAGAGAAAUGUAUUUCCCAAAGAGGAAAUAUGCUAUUAAGGCAUAGAUUAGCUUAGGUUGAUUUCCUUUAUUUCUGGGUGUUAUUUCAGUUUUGAGUUUGUUUUGUUAAUCAGAGGCUCAUAUUUAGGGUAUUUGAGAUCAAGAUCUGUUGAAACCUCAUGCAGGAUAUUGUCUCCAAUCUCCAAUUUGACAGCUUUCAAUUAUCUAUUGUUGUGUGCAUUUUUUUUC